UCAAGCAUUGUAUUCUACUCAUAAUUUGCAGAGUUUCGCACAUGGUGUGCGCCAUCUCACACACUUCCAACACUGUACAUCACAUUUUUCUAUAGUUUAUAUAUAAUCGUCAAAAACAAUGGCUGACCCCUCUCACUGUUUCGUUACCCAAACAUGCCCGGUUUGAGGGUUGACCUUAAUCUCUCUCGCUAUUUCCGAUUUCUACAUAGAUAUUAAGAUCCCUCUAAGCCUUCAAAUUCAUCCUUUCAACCAACCCAAACUCCAUAAUCAGAGUCAAAAUUGCUCAAGUUGAUCACUUCAAAGAAAAGAUUACAUUAUGAAUACAGGAUUAAAGAAACCUGCUCUAGAUGGCUGUGAAAAUUCUUCAUCUCCGGAACUACAGCAGGGAAAGAUUAAUGAGGUAAGACGGUUAAUCGGGCCACUGUCUGGUAAAUUGGCCCUUUACUGUUCUGAUGCAUCAAUCGCGAGAUACUUGAGAGCACGAAACUGGAAUGUCAAGAAGGCUGUUAAAAUGCUUAAAGCAUCUCUUAAGUGGAGACUUGAGUACAAGCCAGAAGAGAUUAGAUGGGAUGAUGUUUCCAUGGAAGCCGAAACAGGAAAGAUUUAUAGAUCGAAUUACAAAGAUAAGUAUGGGAGGCCAGUUCUCGUUAUGAGACCUAGGUGCCAGAACUCAAAAUCAAUAAAAGGGCAAAUUAAGUAUUUGGUUUACUGCAUGGAGAAUGCAAUUUUGAAUCUUCCUGAGGACCAAGAGCAGAUGGUCUGGUUGAUUGAUUUCCAUGGCUUUAGUAUGUCGAAUAUAUCAAUCAAGGUAACGCGGGAAACAGCUCAUGUCCUGCAAGACCAUUACCCUGAGAGGCUAGGUCUUGCAAUUCUUUAUGAUGCACCGAAGAUAUUUGAACCAUUUUGGACGGUCGCAAAGCCCUUCUUGGAGCCUAAAACGGCCAACAAAGUCAAAUUUGUAUACUCAGACGACCCUAACAUAAACAAGAUCAUGGAUAACUUGUUCGACAUGGAACUUGUGGAGUCUGCCUUUGGUGGAAAAGAUGAUGCAGAUUUUGACAUCACAAAGUAUGCUGAGAGGAUGAGAGAAGACGACAAGAAAAUCCCAUUAUUCUGGAGAGAAGAUGGUUCUCUGGCUGCAGCUGUACUGCCUGUUGUGACAGCUUCCCCCAGCUUAGAAACUACAAACUCAGAGACGGAGUCAGAUGAAUCCGAUGUAAAAGCAGAAAAGUUGUCAUCUCCUGGGGAAGAAGAUGAUGCCAGGUUGAAUGACGAAUCUCCGCAUGUGAAACACACAUGAGUGGAGGUCACGGACAUCGUCUGACAAUUUACAGUCGACUGACUUUGAAAUGUUCCUUUGACUUGAAAGUUUAGCCAUAUCUUUGCAAUCCACUGGACUGGAGCUGUGAACACCAGUUCUAUUCCUGGGAAAGAAUGUCAGCAAAUAUUUUUUCAUUUGCUGCUGGACUUUCUCUCUUGUGUAAGCCAGUGGCACUUGCUGCUUGGACUGAUAUGUAUGUGUUUAAUAUUGGCUGGAGCAUAAGAUAUGAUUCAGUUUGUACUCCAGGAACCAUUUGUGAAGAGUUAAUAAUGGAUGGUUUAUUCUGCUGA